GAGGAAAGCUGAUGUGUGAAAAUGAAGCUGGCUUUCUUCAGAGCAGAAAGAGUUCUCUUUUCCAGCCUUGGGGUAAGGGAGGAUGGAGGAAAGGAGAUCCUGCGGUCAGAGGUGGCCCUUCCAAAACCUCCUCAGGUGUUCCUGAGAAUCGUCCUCAUCGUUCAGCAUCGCCUCAGGGCUGCCAGCCCAGAAAACGCUUCAGCCAGAAGUGAGAACAGCAGAGCACAAUUCUCAUUGACAAUCCUUCCUCUUCCAAUUGGCUCGAUACAACCCUGCACGCAUAAAACCCUUAUUAUGCUUACUUUAUGGUUAAUCCUUUCUAAUGCCUUCCUAGGAAGGAUUAGAUAGAGUUGUUUAGAAAGCUAAUCAGUAAUUUCAGAUUGCCACGUGGGAGCAGCCGAGCACACACAGGAAGCGUUGCCUUUCUCAAUGCACACAAUGAUUCUGUGCUCAGCAGGUGCCACGUUUGGUCUUUGAGAAGAAAACAGUGGCUACACUUCACUGUACCACUCAGAAAUGAAGACAAGAAUAAGUGCCUAUAUCUCAUUUGUUACAAGUAGAAGAGCGUCGACUGACAGAAGUUCCUGGUUUGAAAAAAAUGAUUUAAAUGAGUGUGAAAAAACAUGGAGCCUGCUACUGAGGAACAUCAGUCAAGAUUUACAAUGCACAAGUUGGCAAACAGUACCCAAUUUUCCAGAGUUCUUCAGAAAGUGUAGGAUUUGUUCUGAAGACAUUGUGCGUAUGUCACAGAGCUCUGAGGAAGAGAGUCUACAAAACCAAGAAGUUUUCAAAAUUGGAAUGAAAGACUUCCACUGGACAUCAUUCCCAUCCUUUCACACAGAACAAAAUUUUAAACCAGAAGAUUUUAGCUCCCCUCAGCUAAUAGAAACACAAACGGAUCACUUACAUGAAGAAUGGGACCAAGCAGAUGAACUGAAAAGUUUAUCUUCUACAUCUGAGCAAAGAUGCUGUAAAACUAAUAGAGAUCCAAAAAACAUGGCAGAGGAAGACACGGGAGGUUUUUCCAAGGCAGAUGUAGAUCUCAAGCCAUUUAAAGACACUCAGCAUAAAACUUCUACAUGCUACCUGGCAUCGUCACAAAAAACUGUAAAAGCUCCAAGUGUUCAACAGCAUUGCAGAGGGACUGCGCAGAACAGCAAGGAGAACAGAACACAAGAGAAAAAAGAGCUUCAAGCACAAAUGCAUGAAAGCAGAAUUUCACUUGGUGAGACCAGAAGCAUGCCUGCAGAAAGCAAACCUCCACUGGUGAGCAUGGCUGGAAAUGAGAGCUGCAAGGAGAAUUCUGGACAUCAGAGUGAAGGAUCUUCAACUCUUGACAGCUGCCCAAUGUGUCUGAUUCGUUUCAGUCAAAUGCUGUCACAAAUGGAUAUUGAUGGCCAUCUUGCUAGAUGUUUAUCUGAAAGCACAGAUGAUAUCAUGUGGUAAAUCCAGAAUAAUGAAGAGCAAAGGGACAAAGUUGAGUAUGAACCUUUCUCAAAGGAAAAGGAAAGAUGUGUCAAGGAAACAUGUCCUAGUCUCAAACUUCCUGAAAUACUGUAGAUCAGGAACUGAGAAAUAAGGUCAAGUGCCACCUGCCUGUUGUUUGGGAUCAUUUUAAAUCUUCUCGUAUGUAACCAAAAUAGCUGAGACAAGCACGUACAACUGCCUUCACAGAAUGUGAAAAAGAGCACAACAAACCAGUAUCUGAAGUUUUGUCUCAGCAAACCUUUCUUCUGGACUUCAAGAGCCAGCAGUUCAGAUGCGAGCCAAGUCCAUUGAAUAAACAGACUACAGUAUUGAAGUACAGGCAUAAUUCUGUAGGUUUUUUAAUUUACAAUAAGGUCGCUUUAAAAAGUGCAAGUUGGACAUAUCUCAGUUUACUGAUAAAUAAUAACAAUUAACUUUUUCAUUAAAGUCUUUAAUAGAUGUGCAAGAAUAUAAAUGAUCUUAGCUGUUAUGGAUUAGUAUACCAUCUUCUGCACAAAUAAAACUGGUCAAAGAUCCCAACUAAUUAAUUAUACAAAACUACAAGAACAUAUUUACUGUUUUACAAUCAUUAUAUUAGCUAGAAUUUUCAUUUACUAUUUCAAAUAAGACAACUAUAUAUCAUAACCAGAUCCAUUUGCAAUAUAUUAGGAUUUUUUUUUAAACCACACAUUUAAUUACAUCCUUCAUUUUCUUUUAUUUAUAAAACAAGUACUUCAUAUAAAAAAUUUCCCCCUCAUUAUGAACAGAACAUUAUUCACACACUUGCACAUGAGCAACCAAACUUGUAUCCAGCAAACUAUUUGGCAACACAGCAACAUUGUAAAUGCCUGUACGUUUUUAAAUAAGUCAAGUAUUCUUUACAAUGUUUGUUCAGCAGAUACAUCUCUGUUCUGCCUUCCCUCCCUCCCAAAAAUGUUCUGGCCACCCAGGAACACGGUUAAAAACAAAAAACAACAAAUCACAUUUAUAAUCUUUCAAGUUCUAUGCCUCAGCACAUCAGAGGACAGCUUAAUCUGCCCCGUUUCCUUUCAUGAGCUGCCUGCAGUCACUAGUGUAGCUAUUGAUCAGCUGUUUAACCAGGGGAAUUGAAACAAAAAGUUUUCAGGGUAAACAAAGCAGUUGACAAGGCGAAGGAAAAAAUAAUUUUAAAGUGACAGAUUUAAAAGGUAAAAUAUUUCCUUUACUAGGUAAAGUAAUUAAAAUCCAGGCAUUUGAGGCAAGUAUUUCUUACUGGUUAAAUUAUUUAGUGCUGAUUAAAACACAUCUUGCUCAGUAUAAAAAGCUACAGUCCAACGGAGAGAAACCCACAACUUAGAUCUGAAUGGGAUUAAUAGAACUAAACCACACAUCUGCAUAAUUGUUGCUAAUGAAGGGAUACAAAAUGUUGACUGUUAAUCAAUGAUUAAUUGAAAGUUUUAAAUAAUGUUUUGGCAGUCUCAUCCUAGCACCUCAUGAUUUGGAUGUGAAUCCAAAAGAUGUCAUGUUCAGCACCUAAUGCAAUGCUGUACCCUGAGAAAACCAGAUGUUAAUACAAAUAAAGUGAGUGUUGCAUUUUGUCCUGCAAUUUACACCAAAUUAGGCGAGAUGACAUGGCACAGGGUUUCUCAAUAUUUCCAGUUUUGUAUUUACAACCCACACAAUACAGUUAACCAAAAACCCAGCAAAAAGAAAUAGUGCCUCACGUUGUUACUUGUAGAGGCAGGUGAGUCCUCACAAGCAUCUGACAUUUCAGAUAGCAAUGCACACGAAUUCCCAUACAUAGUGACAGAGCUUUCCAAGCUGGUAACUGACCUGGAUGGAACGCACACCUGUCCCCAACUUCCCUGUCCCAUACCCCACCCCCCAGUUUCUACAAGAAGGGGUUUGACAGUUACUGUUGUGUACCCAAGUUCUUGGGUAUGCUUUGUUCUUCUCAAUUAAAAAA